AUGAGCAGGACAGUAGCUUCAUUACCCGAUGGAAACGGUAUAUCUUUGUUUCCUGACGACGGACGGGACCCUCACAGACUCUCUGUUUCAGAUGGACCGUUCCAUCCAGAGUAUCUUGCACAUCCUCAAUCGAGUCUAGUUCCUCAGGUUCAAAAUUCAGUCAGACAUUAUUUGCACACUCUUUUUGCGCUGCAACAGGGAGCCGGACAAGGAUUUCCAUAUGGGUCAUUUGAAGCAUGUCAUCGAGGACUUCUCGACGCUCACAUAAACCUUACCAGAACUGGAAGCUUGAAUCCGUCUGAUGAAGGAAGGGUACGAGAAGGAACAAGGAAUUCUUCUUUUCAUCCUUCUCAUCAAACUCACCAACCUUCGUUCCCCAGUUCACAACCACGUCCAAAUCGUCUUGAUGCUUUUGAUGCUCGUAGUCUGAUUCAGACAUCGGAUGUGGUACGAUAUUCCCAACCCAUGAACGAACUCAACGGAGCAGGAUCCAUAAUACGACCAACCUUUUCCUCCCUUCAACAUCAAUAUACAAAUUCUCUACGACCCCAAUCUCUCUAUGGGCCUAUCGUAAAUUCCUUCAACACCACCUCGGUAACACCCUCAACCACCCAAGCAGCUAGGACAUACUAUCCCUACGGUUCACAGUAUUUCAACAACCAAUCUGGUGUUGAAACGAUUGAAAGACUUUUCACGCCAAAUGACCCAGCUCCACCUCCGGACUCAUCCUAUAUCAUCAUUUCAGCAGAUAGUAACAACUGGCUUCUUCCUAUCUAUCGUCCCAUCGAUAAAAUGAACUUCUUCACCCGGGGCAAAGAACUCUUCUUUGGAGAUAAACAUCAUUGGGUAAAACUUAACACAAACCCAGACAAACCAACAGGACAGGGAGAAGCUGUCAUCGCUGAUUUCACUCUAAGAUGGUCUCUUACUGUUAAAUCUGAAUUCACACAACUCGCAAUAAUCACUGGGAUUCUAUAUGAUGCUGCUACUCGUCUUUCGGGUGAACCACGUGCUCCACAAACCAAAGACAUCUUAAGUCAUAUGGCUUUUAGAGUGACUUAUCAACAAACUAUUUUCAAUGUGGUACCUAUUCACAGCUUGACCGAUCAUGGUAGGUCACUUUUGGGACAGGGACAGAUAGAGAUGGGAGGGAUGGAUACUCAACAUGUGUCUCGAGGAGAUUGGAGAUAUUAA